AUGCCCGAUCUUGCAGACGCGCUCAUCCACAUCGAGGAAAUAUCAAGUAUAUUGAAGACGGGAUUGUCUCGGAGCGCUCUUGCUUGCAUACUUUCUCUUUGUGAAGGGGGUGCAAAUCCUGAAGCUCUUGCUGCUGCGAUCAGAGAAGUCAUGCUCUUACGAGACCAAAGUGGCAACUCUGUGGAUACAGCAGAAUAG